GGUUCUUCUCAUUCGGUCAUACGUCAUCAGUGAAUGAUAAGUAAAUAUCACGAAAAAAAUGUGGACUCAGCGGCUCGAUAAGACGAAGAAAUAGCUAUUGCACGCGUAAUAUUCAUCGCGCUUGAUUUGCAGCAUUAAAGAUACUCUGGUAUUUUGUAUGGAUCUCGUAUUCUAACCUGUACGCGUCACCUGUCAUCGCCAGAUGUAUAUAGAAAGUACCGUAAGAUUUUCACAUGCUGCCAGCGACAAGUAUGGCGUUAUUGCGCGAAUGUAAAGAGGCUUUGUGAGGAUCGCCAGUACGCGAAUGAGAGGCUAACAUUAACGGGUGGGAACUGAUACAAUUCAUUUUGUUUGCUAUUGAAAAACAUGGAUUCGAACGAGGACAGUAGACUUCCGAACGGCGACGUUCGGGUGCAUAGGGACGUCGAUUGGGCUAGAUAUGGUUUGCGCGACCGGGAGGCGCAGGAAACCGCGAAAAGGGGUAGCGAGAACGGAUGUAACAAUGCUCUCGACCCGGAAAUGUACCAGGCUGGUGCGAAUGAAUUGUUCGCACAGGAAUACAGUUCAGAUCCCUGGUGGAAGUCAAAUUUCUUUAUCUCCCAGCCUGUAUUGUUUGGCACCUGGGAUGGGGUUUUUACAUCUUGCCUUAUUAACAUAUUCGGUGUAAUUGUAUUUCUUAGAUCUGGUUGGAUAGUCGGUCAAGCAGGUGUUUUGAAUGCAGUAUUGAUCAUCUUUUGUACAGUGUGUAUUGCAUUAGUGACAGUACUGUCGGCUGUUGGGAUAUGUGAACGAUGUAGAGUUGAAAGCGGUGGCGUGUAUUUCCUGCUGUCGCACGUGCUGGGCUCCAGAUUCGGUGGCUCUAUUGGAUUACUUUACUGCUUUGGGCAGGCGGUGGGUUGUGCUCUGAACGUUUUAGGUUUUGGGGAAUCGAUGGCCGGUCUUGUAAAUCUGGAUUCGGCAUGGGCACAACGCGGUUUCGCAUGUGCGGCCGUUGUGCUGUUGUCUGUAAUUAACGUGGCAGGUGUUAAAUGGGUUGUAAAAUUGCAGUUUAUCCUUCUUUUGAUUCUGCUCCUCGCUGGAGUUGACUUCAUAGUUGGAAGUUUUACUCAUACGAAUAUUGAUUCUGGCUUUGAAGGCUGGCUCUCGGGAAAUUUGAAAAAUAACACUUUUCCUGAUUAUCAGGAUGGAAAUAGCUGGUUCACUGUUUUCGGUGUGUUCUUUCCAACGGUCACCGGUGUUUUAGCUGGAAUUAACAUGAGUGGAGAUUUGAGACAUCCAUCUAGCGAUAUUCCCAAUGGUACUUUAGCGGCAUUAGGAACUGGAACGUUUUUGUAUCUGUGCUUUUCGUUGACUCUCGCGGCAACUUGCGUUAGAAACGCUUUGCUUACCAAUUUCACAAUAGCGUCGACGGUAUCGGCAAUUUCGGUAUUACUACUCGCUGGUCUCUACGUAUCAUCAUUCAGCAGUUGUUUAGGUGCCAUGUACGGCACACCUCGCAUUCUCCAAUCUAUCGCCAGUCAAAAUGUUAUACCAGGAAUGAGCUUUUUGCAAAGAGGGAGAGGACCAAAUAAAGUACCCAUAUAUGCUAUGCUGGUUGUUGCUGUAGUAACGUUGGCCUUCAUCAUUACCGGACAAAUUAAUACACUUGCACCAAUCGUGACGAUGCCAUUUCUGUUAACGUAUGCUUGCUUAGAUUAUGCAUACUUUGCUCUCGCACAGACGUUUGAUCUUCGGCAUACGCGCGAGCAACGAUUCCGUACACAAUCGCCGACGUUUGACCGCAAUUACGGUUCUGCAAGUAGAAACAACUCGAUAACUGACACGGAUAAUGAUUUGGACAGCUUGUUCCCCGAAAGAAUAAGACAUAAAAAUCUUAUGAGAAACAACAGUAUUUCUGACAAUAAUGUAUAUGUGGAUUCAUCACCGAGCCUUGAGGAGAAUGCCAGUGUUUCUAGUACACCAGAGCGAAAAGUUCAUAUACAUAAUAAGCUAGGAAAUUGGUACAGUCCUUUGUGCAAUAGGUGGUUUUCGCUAUUGGGCUGUCUUAUAAAAUUACUUAUAAUGUUUCUCGUACAUUGGGGAUAUGCGCUCGCAAAUAUCGUCGUUAUAUUUCUUGUCUGGAGUUACGUUGGCCAUGCUAAUCCUGCUGUAAAACCUGGAAUUGCCGCGGAAUUUCAAUUUUUUAAAUGGUUUCGGAUUGCAUUAUUUCGAAUCAUGGGGAGGAAAGUUUAUGAUUACGAGCAAAUAGUAGUAACUCCGGUUCAUCCGGGCGUUGAAACGUGUUCGGCUCAAUUGAACGAGGAGAACGAAGAUUUUUCGGGAAGAAGAAGAUAUCAUCAAACUGCUACAGUUACAGGUCAAUAUGUUAAUGUCGACUAAACGUAUAAAAUUACGUGAUCUCGAAAUGAAUCGUGCGUGUUCAUAUGCUAUUAUUGUAACGAAUACGCGCAUGUUUUACAAUGUUUUCAGUGGUAAGAACAGAUUACGAACACAUAUAUAAUAAUGACUAAUAUUUAUUAUGAUACUUUAAGACAGAUAAUAAGGAACAGCUUACAGCAAUUUUUAAACAGCUAUUAUUUCCCUAUUUUAUGACAUUGUCAAUCGCGCAAAACUAGUCUAACUUAUUUAAUGUACACGUGCAUUUAAAGGAAGAUAGUAGAAACUUUGAAAAUUUUUAUUAUUUAUUUUAUAGUAUUUCCUUUAUUGUUUGAUCUUGUUCUCUAAGUAGAAUUUUUAAAUAAAAAUUUUUAUUAACAAAAAUAGUCCCAAUUUUAGAUGAAAAUCAUGUUUUUUGUUUCAAACAAUCCAUUUUCUUAAAUAUUUCUUAAAUAUGCGCAAAAAGAUUUAAGUUUCCUCUUUAAGAUUUUCAAAAUAAUUUUGCUUUCAGAACAAUUUUCUGUGAAUGUUACAAUGACCACCGCAAAACAAGUUUUAAAAAGUAUGAUUUGCGAUAAUAAAUCUGCAUAAAAUUUUUGUAGAAUAUAGAUAAAAAUAUUUAUCCAUUAAAUUUAAUAAUAAAGGAAAUGUCUCGGUUCACACAUACACAUUAUUCAAUUUAAAUGCAUUUAAAUUGAUUAUUUACAAUUUGAUUCAUUAUUUUUUUCCUUAAAAAAUUUUAAAAACAGCUCUCUCAAACUACUAUCUCUCCUUAAAGUAAAGUACAGCAUAAUUGCAGUUUUAAGAGCAUUUUAACAAUCAAUGAAAAUAGAUUAUGCGAAAUUGAUUGUGUGAAACGUACAAAGAACUGAUGUAAUAAUAGCGUUAGAUUUUUAUAAGUAUUUACUUAUUGCGAUUGGCGUACAUGUGAGAUAAUCUAUUACCAAAGGAAAUUAUUUAUCUUUAUAAUGUCACUUAACUUGAUAGACGUCUGAAAGAAAACUUUGUUUGAUAUCAAAGACGCUAAGACGUCUGCCAGAGUUCAUUGUUCUUGAGAUUAUUUUUUUUACAAUAUUGAAUUUUUACAUUCGCAGAUAAUCAAGUGAUAAUGAUAAGUACGGCAAUCGCAUCGUGCAUGAAAAUACUCUGUAAAUACCUGAUAAUAUAUUUAUACACUAUUUACCACUUUUAUAAUUCUCGUACAAAUGCACGAAUAAAUUUAUAUAACAGCAAAAGGAUACAUACAUACAUAUAUAUAUAUAUAUAUAUAUAUAUAUAUAUAUACAUACACACUUGAUAUGUAUGUGAGAGGUCUAAUAUAAUUGUUAGUUUUCCUGUUUGUUUUAUAAAUCGUUUAAAUCUGCUAGAACAAAUGUUAGCGAAAAAAUAAAAUUAUUUUUUAUAUAGAAAUAUUAUCUUCUCGGUUGUAUUAAUAUAAUGAGCUAAACGAUAGUAUCAAAUUUGACCAAAACUGCAAUAUCACAAUAUCAUUAUCGCGUGUGUUUGUUCUUGGAGUAUUAAAAGGUUGUUCAAUGAUUAUUGUAAUGCAUUUAAGGAGGUUCCAGCACUAUUUUCUAGUCAAAAUAAACAGUUUAUGUAAAAGGAUUAGAAGGAAAAUAAUAAUAUACAAAUCAAUAUCAACAAUAUCUAAUUCGCUAAUGUCUCUAUACAUAAUCAUUAAUUUUGUUAUUAAAUAUUUUUGAAACAAAUGACAAAAUAAAAUAAAUAUCAAUAGUAGAAAUAUGACACAUAUUUACCAUUAUUAUUCUUUAAAAAAUAAUGAAUAAAAUGUCUGAUAGAAAAAUAUAUAAAUUAACGUUUUUCAUCAUAAAUUUAUCGUAUUUUUAUUUGUUAUAUCAAAUAAGUAUCGCCUUUAUUCAGUUCAUAUUAAAUUUCGCAAUAUUGUUUAAAAAUUGAUAGUAUUGAUUACAUAUUGCAUAUUUAGAACAUCAACAUAUAGUAGUGAACUAGUCAUCAGUCUAUACAAGCGUACAGAAAAUAAUCGACAAAAAUGAAAAGGAUACAACGCGAAGGCCACUCUGUAUCACUUUAUUCAAUGUUGUAACGUUGAAUAAAAAAUGAUAGAAAGUGACUGUCUUCGCAUCUUAUCCUUCUCAUUUUUGUUGAUCAUUCUGUAUAGAUUGGUAUAGAUUGAUGGCUCAGUCUAAUUCGGACGAAUAGUACAUCUCGAGCACUCAAAAAUAAAGUUUUUUAUUUUUGAAGUACAUACAAUUAAUAUGAUAAAAUAUAAAUAAAUAAUAUCUUUGUAUUCAUUAUAUAACUGAGUGUGAAAGCCAAUUGUUUCAAAACAUUUUAUUUUAAAAAAAGUAUCAAAAUUACGAGUAUAUUUUUAAUGUUGUAUGACAACUGAUAAUUAUAUAACGUUACCAUUUCAUUACACACACAUUAUCCAUUUGACAAAUAUUCUUGUUUUUCUUCAUCAAAAAAAACAAAUUUUUCUCAAAUUGUAGUCAGUUUAAGCAAAACUACUAGAAUAAAAUUAAAUGUUUACUUUGUAAUUAAAUGUUUGCUUUGUAAUAAAUUUUUACUUUCUGUCUCGUAUGCAAAUGUCUCGAAUUAAGAGUAAAUAUUUACGAAAUAAGGUUUUGUAUAUAUUUGUAAUAUAAAAUUUUAUAUAAUUAAAAUUAAAUAUCUUCAAAACCAUUCGGUAAAAGUCAAUAAGGUUUUUUAUAUUGUUGACAUAAUUUUCGAAUAUAUAUAUAUAAUAGACCUGUUUACAUUUACCAAAUGCUAGAACCUCUUUAAGGAAAUCACAUGAUUUAUUAACAAGGUGUAUUAAGGAAGUCACAUGAUAUAUUAAAGACAUAUAAGCAGUAUUCUUUGAUAAUUUAUAUGUAAUAUAUAUAAUAAUAACAAUAAUUCUAUAUUA